UACGAUUACAGGCAAUCUAGUUGAUAAGUAAAGUUACGUACCUUUUUUUUUAUAUAGUCUUUGUGUAAGACUAUGUCUGUGUUUUUUUCAUGAUAAUUCACCCAGCUACCCUGACAUGUACCAUAUUUAAUUCAGAAUACAUUGUUAACGGAUUUUUCAAUAUUUUAACACAUAAUUAAAGCAAAUUAAUAAUUAACACGACGCCGUAAAUUGAUAAUGAAUGACGUCAGGCGUAAAUCUAGCGGAUGUUGUCUUCUGUCAGUGCAAACCACUCAGUCUCACGGAGGACGGGCUGUCACUUUCUCAAAAGGGCAGAUCAAACCAAUAGCUACCAGUGAAGCGGUUUUAUAUAUCUUUCUUGGUUCAAACAUCCGGCAAUUAUGUCGAGUGAUCCUCCUCCGCCAUAUCCCGGGGGACCCAGUGCACCACUCAUUGAAGAAAAGAAUGGGCAGCCUGUAAGAACAGCCCAGCCACAACAAGGCCACCCUCCGCCUCCAGACUAUGGCCCUCCUCCAUAUGAAGGACCACAGCCGGGGUACCUCCCGCCACAUGUUCCCGGAGAAGGAGCUAUGCCCAUGCCAAUGCCCAUGCCUAUGCCACCUCCACAAGGUGCCCUCUACCCCCCUCCCCCUGGACACUUCCCUCACCCGAUGCCUGGACAGAUGGGCCCAGGCCCCGGUCCCUUCAUGCACAUGGGGGGCCACACAGCCACAGUGUUGGCUCCUCCAGGAGCAGCCACCACAGUGACGGUGCUGCAGGGAGAGAUGUUCCAGACCAGCCCGGUGCAGACCGUCUGUCCACACUGUCAGCAGGCCAUCGUCACACGCAUCUCCCACGACAUCGGCCUCAUGAACACACUCUUCUGCCUCUUCUGCUUCUUCGUGGGGUGUGAUCUGGGGUGCUGCUUGGUUCCCUGCCUGAUCGAUGACCUAAAGGAUGUGACACACUCUUGUCCGUCCUGUAAGGGAUACAUUUACACAUACAAGCGUAUAUGCUAACCACCGACAGCUAUUUGAUACAACAUGCACCUGAAUAAACUCACAACUGAUAGUGACAGGCCUUUUCAGUUUGGUGUCGUGCCCAUAACAUUAUAUUCACCUGUCAUCAUUUGUUCAUAUUUAUUGUAUAUAUCAUUUCUUCUUUCUUUGAUCUAAUCCCUCACUAAACACUGAAAAAGGAGGCGCCCACACUGAUAGUCGACCCACAUUUUGCAACUGAGCCAUAAUGCAGAAUGAAGGAUUGUAAUUUAAUGCAUUUAUGUGAGGUACUGAUAGAGAGCCUCAACUAGGAAAGACUGUGAAACACUUUACUCACUAUUUAUUUACAUCUAUUAAUUAUGUUAUGUUGAAAUGUCUUCAAAUCAUAUUUUAUUUUUAAUGAUUCCAUAUGAAGAACUGUGAUUUUCCUUUUGUUUGUAUGUAUGUUUAUUGGUUUUAUCCUAAUAUCCUUUUGAAUGUGAGCAAACUAACGUCAUUGGCUUGUUGUGGAUUGCCCAAGGUUGCUGUUACUUGCUAAUCUAAUUCUGUACUUUUGGGGCCGUAGUAUGACAACAGAGCUUUUACAUGCAAUUAGACACUAAACAUUAUGCACUUUAUGUUUUAAUUAUUGUAUUUACUUCUUAUGAAUUUGUAAAGCUUCACUUUACACAAUCAAAAGAUCUUAGAGACUUUGUUUGAUAGUUCUUUUAAAAGUCUGGCCUUUUUUGCAUUUUUAUUCAUUUGAGAAUUAAAAAAAACUACACUACUUAAAAAUAGUUCUGAGGAAAAAAAACACAUAAAUGCAGCUAGUAGAUAAAGAUUUUUAGUUGAACAGCAGUAGUUAAACAACAGGGACAUGCAUGUCAUUUGUGCAACUGCUCUUUAGCAUCUUGUCACUUGGUGCCACUCAGACCUCUUAGUGCCACUGUAAAGUUUGUCAUAAAAAUGCAGUAAGAACAGUGCUUUCUGUGGCACAAUCAUCAAAAUAAAAUGUUACCCUUCUGAUGGCAUUCUGUCUUUAAGAUAAACUCGGAUGCAUGUUAGAUUAUAAAAAUGUUUUAACAAAUAAUGUACACUAGUAACAUCUCUAUGAUUAAGCUUUAACUGAAAUUGAUCACUAACAUAAAUUCAACUCGUACAAAAGCAUGCUCCAGCUACACUGGUAAUUUUUUCUCAGUAAAGCAGUCUACGCUGUUCAAGCCAUGCAACUAAAUAAACAGAAACAACAGUUAAUAGCUGUAUUUUCCCUAAUGAAGUUGUGCAGGAAAGUUGUUGAAGGAUUUUGAAGACAAUGUAUUGUAUGCCAUUGUGGAUUAUGCUGGUCUGCAUUGCUUUCUAAAUGUCUGUGAUAUGUACAACGAUGUAAGUCAAAAUUGUUGAACUGUUGUAUACAGUUACUAUUUUAUCAAUAAAAAGCAAGAACAUG